AAAAAGAUUUUCUCUAAAAAAAAGUGAAAUCUAAAAAAAUCUCAAAUUUAAUUCUAUAAAAACAAUGCCAAUCCUGUUUGACAUUAUUAACUUUAUUUAGAACAGCAUAUAUUAUCAUAAUUAUCAUAAUUUGGAUGGCAACAUGGCGGUGUUUCAUGAUGAGAUCGAGAUAGAAGAUUUUGAGUAUGACGAAGAUGCUGAGAUGUAUUAUUACCCGUGUCCAUGUGGCGACCGUUUUGAAAUCAGUCGUGAAAUGCUAGCAGAUGGUGAAGACGUGGCUACUUGCCCUUCUUGUUCUCUCAUUGUGAAAGUCAUCUACGAUGUAGAUGAUUUCAUGGAAGGUGAAGAAGUUGCAGCUGUUCCUACAAAAGAACUCGAAAAGGCGUAACAUCCAAAAACUUAACUUCCCGCGAAGACCAUCUUCUGCAACGUGUCAAAGGGUAAAUCGUGUUAAAUUCAGAUGCUCAUUGUAAACAUCACAGCAACGAUGAACGAUGAAAUGAUAACGGUGCGACAUGAUAUAUUUUUGUUCACGCUUCUGCUGUUUAAUGAGACAUUGCAAUUAUUAAUGUGGUCUGAAUUGACCAUUAUUGACGUAGGAAUUUUUGAUAAUCUUGUGAAGUUUUGAUUAAAAUCCAAAUAUUAAAGAUGAUAGUUGUAUAAUAUUUUUAUUUAAUUUAAAAAAAAUCGAACAUGAUGUUAGUCAAUAGAA